AUGUCUGACGACGAGGAUUACUACGAAUGGGAGGAGGAAUAUCUCCUUGAGGAUCUUGUGCCGGACCUUGUGGACGAACUCGCCCAAACCUCAUACUACGAAGCCGCCCUGUACGAGGACCCGGGGAUUGACGUUGAGGAAUAUUUUAGCGACUGGGAAUACUAUUCAGAUGACUACCAUGAUGACGACCCGACCGUGAAGCAACACCCGGUCGUCGCGAAAGCGGUUGGUGCCCCAGCGAAGACACGCCGAACACAACAUGGCGCGCGAACGAACAACCGAGUCUCCCGACCGCAGUCCUCCCUGGUGCCCGAUAUCACGUCGUUUCAAGGGGUGAUUUGGCGGACACCGAAUAUGGAGACGGACCAGGAUAUUGCGGUGCAGAUUUACGAGCCAGGAAACGGGGAUAAGGUGGCGCUACUGGAGAACUGGCGCGAGAUUUUCAAGUCCGCGCAGCCCGCACUGGAUAAGUCGCGGCUGCGCAAGCGACGGACAACGGACACGCCAUCGGUAGAGCCAGACCUUGCGGAUGACGAGUUCCCUUGUGAGGAUGAAGAAGAGGACAGCUCCGACCAGAUGUCCGACAUCUUGUCUCUCGACCAUACAACUGAGAAUGGCGAUGCAGGGGAUGCCUCGAAUACAACGCCGGAGUUGGUUCAAUCCCCCGAAGAGGCGCCAACCCCGAUGGAGACGGCGCCUCCGAAGAGAGGCCGCAAGCGAAAGGCUGAGGUUCCUCCCGAGGAGCCCAACAAGGAUAACUCCCGUGGCGAUUCAACUCGGACUCGGACGAAACGAGUCGCUUCGGCAAAGGGGGAUGGGAAGUCGGCAAGGUCCGACAUUUCGUCUGGUCCAGUGCGGAGGUCCGCAAGGCCGAAGAAGUAA